GGUAAACCUUGGACAGGGGAAUCCUAAAUGAUCUGCUGGGGGGCUAUAAAUGCCUUUGAACGAGCGGAGGCUGGACUGAGCCACUCUGAACAACAGCACAACUGGGACAGAUCACCUGGACACGUGUGUCUCAUCGAGUGGUCUCCUUCAAGACAAGAGCCUCUGUUCAGGCUGUAGUUUUGUCAGCUGAGGUCUAAAAGUAACUACCUUGGUGCACUGGGUUAUAAGGUGAGACAGGUAGAGAGGGAACACGGUUCAGACCAGAGAUAAGUCACGUAUUGAACUCAAAGGCAGGUGAAGUGGGCUGAAUAUAAAUAAACACAAACUGAAGUGUUUGGACAACGGAUUUCAGAAGUGUUUGGACAGCUUUAGCUUUGAGAAACUACACCAUCAGACAAUGGCACCACGACCAAAGCAAGAGGAUGAAUCUGAGGGGAAGCCAACAGAAACACUUGACGUUCCCCGAAAGAAGUCUCUGUCCAUGGCCCCUGCUCUUUCCACAGCGGCUCUGAUUGAGGAUGAUCCCUGGGACAUGCCUGAAUUGCAGGACACAGGGGUUAAAUGGGCAGAUCUGGACACUAAAGGGAAGAUCUUGAGAGUUAUAAUCACAGUGGCAAAAUUUAUUGUGCUGGUUGGUUUGCUCUACAUGUUUGUUUGCUCACUGGACAUCCUCAGCUCAGCUUUCCAGCUUGUUGGAGGGAAAACAGCAGGGGACAUCUUCCAGGAGAAUGAAGUGCUCUCAAACCCUUUGGCAGGCCUGGUAAUUGGGAUGCUGGUAACUCUCCUAGUCCAGAGCUCCAGCACCUCCUCAUCUAUUGUGGUCAGCAUGGUCUCCUCUGGACUGCUGGAAGUCUCAACUGCUGUUCCUAUUAUUAUGGGCACCAACAUUGGCACAUCAGUCACAAAUACUGUUGUAGCCAUGACACAAGUUGGCGACAGGAACAAGUUCCGCAGGGCGUUUGCGGGAGCCACAGUGCAUGAUUUCUUUAACUGGCUUUCUGUCCUGGUGCUAUUGCCACUGGAAAUUGCUUCAGGUUACCUGGUGAGGCUCACAGGCCUCAUAGUGACUUCAUUUAAUAUCCAGAGUGGAGAAAAUGCACCAGCCCUUCUGAAUGUUAUCACUGACCCGCUCACCCUCUCUAUCAUUGAGCUGGAUGCGUCUGUGAUAAGCGGCAUUGCCACUGGAGACCCUGAAGCCAGAAACAAAUCUCUCAUCAAGGUCUGGUGCCAGACAGCCUCAAACACGACCCUUCAGAACGUGACAGCAACAAAUUGCAGUGACUAUUAUUGUUGGGAAUUGAAAAAUGUUACAGAAAUUAUAAACAUUAAAAAAUGCAAUCACAUCUUUGUAAACACAAGCCUUUCUGACAUGGCGGUGGGUCUGAUUCUUCUGGCUUGUUCUCUGCUCGCCCUGUGCACUUGCCUCAUUUUGAUUGUGAAACUGCUCAACUCGAUGCUCAAGGGCCAGGUUGCUGUUGUCAUAAAGAAGAUAAUGAACACUGAUUUUCCAUUUCCAUUUGCAUGGCUGACUGGAUACAUUGCAAUUCUGGUUGGAGCUGGAAUGACCUUUAUUGUCCAGAGCAGUUCUGUCUUUACCUCGGCUAUAACUCCUCUUGUUGGUAUUGGUGUUAUAAAAAUUGAAAGGGUAUAUCCUCUUUCUCUGGGAUCCAAUAUUGGAACAACUACCACUGCAAUAUUAGCCGCUAUGGCUAGUCCAGGGGACACACUUGGAAAUUCAUUACAGAUCGCCUUGGUUCAUCUCUUCUUCAACCUCUCCGGGAUUUUGCUGUGGUACCCAAUCCCUUUCACACGUCUCCCCAUUCGAAUGGCAAAGGCUCUUGGUCAACUAACAGCCGAGUACCGUUGGUUUUCGGGCUUUUACAUCAUCUUCUGCUUCUUCGCUUUACCUCUUUUCGUCUUCGGCCUUUCUUUGGCUGGUUGGCAGGUCCUUGUGGGGGUUCUUGUUCCCAUAGUGUCUGUUCUGAUCUUCGCUAUCAUUGUUAAUAUUCUACAGAAGCACAAACCUCAGUGGCUUCCUUCUGCUCUCCGGUCUUGGAACUUCCUCCCUCUUUGGGCCCACUCUCUUGAACCAUGGGAUAGAGUGGUUUCCAUAAUGGCCGCUCGCUGCUGCUGUUGCUGCAAGUGCUGCAAUGUUACGGAAGAAGAUGAAGAGAAGGGAAAACAUGAAAAUAUGGAUCAUGGAAUAGAGAUGUAUGAUAAUCCAACAAUGACUGAUGAGAUCGAGAAGGCCAAGAAAACAUCAGACAGUUGUGAAAUCCUCAAGGCAACCUCUUUAUAGAGAUUAACAGAACAUUAUAGGGUUAUUACUAAACAUAUCCAACUCAAACUGGAUUAGUUUUGUUAAUACUUGAAGUUGACAGUAAGUUAUAUCAGUGGACUUAGCAGAAAGAAUAAAGAGAAAACCAGUGUAUUUAAUUUCACCAUUUAUUUUUAAAGUCUUAAAUUUAUAUUCAACAUUUUUAUACAAAGAUUCUAUUUUGUACAGGACAUUGUAAAUGUUAUUGUUAAAUAUACAAUCUUAUGUUACACACUGUGAAAUUUUGUGAUUGUUCUUUUACCUGUGUCAACAUGAAAUACAUACAUUUAUUUUUAAUACCUUUAGUUGGAAAUAAAUGCCAGCUAUCACACAAACAAGUCUAAUGUAAAAAUCUGUUUUAAAUCAGAGUGUUCUGUGCAUUAUUCUCCAUUUUACUGUUUUCCUUUUAUUUAUUUAACAUGGGCCUUUAUAUACUGUAAAAUAUUGCCAUGAUUUUAGAAUAUUAAACUGUAAUUUCUUGCAGUAAAUUACUGUAUUCAUAAUUUUAAUAGUGUUACAAAACACAACUGGUUGCACUGUGAUACAUGGAGAAAGUAAGAUUGACUUUUAUGUCUGAUCAUAAUGUAUUUAGUACUGUGCAGUACAAAUAUUUUGCUGUAUAGUACAGAAAUAAUAUAAUUUUUAUAAACAAGGAGGAAUUAGUGUUGUUAUUGUUGACAGAGGUAAUCGUUGUGAUUCUACUGGACAAUGUCUUUGUCAUUUCUUGCUCUUGUUCACUGUGAAGUCAAUGUAUUUUGUAAUUUAAUUGUGAUUGUAGAACUAUUGUAAAGAAAUACUGUGAAAGUGUGACAACUAGAAGUAAGGAAUAUACUGCAAACCACACUAAUAUAUAUAUAUAUAUGUAUACAGUAUCUCACAGAAGUGAGCGCACCCCUCAUAUUUUUGUAAAUAUUUUAUUAUAUCUUUUCAUGUGACAACACUGAAGAAAUGACACUUUGCUACAAUGUAAAGUAGUGAGUGUACAGCUUGUAUAACAGUGUAAAUUUGCUGUCCCCUCAAAAUAACUCAACACACAGCCAUUAAUGUCUAAUGUCUUUUUUUUAAAUCAUUAUAAUUGUCCACCCCCUUACAACUGUAUGGAUUGCCUGUAUUGGUCAAAUGUGAUUGUUUUGUGCCCAGGCAUUCAUGAUCAGUGUUGGGGAAAGUUACUUUUUUUUUUUAAGUAAUGCAUUACAAUAUUUCGUUACUAAAAAAGUAACUAAUUGCAUUACUUAGUUACUUUUAAUGGUAAAGUAAUGCGUUACAUUACUGUUGCGUUACUUUUUCUCAUCUGAGCUGGGCUUGCUUGUUUGUUUUCUAAUAACAACAACAAAAAAAAAGUUAUUCUAUUUUUGGAAAAUGUAAAGGCUCUUUCACACCAUAAGUGAAAUGAAUAAUCCUAAGACUGAAGGAAAUGCAAAUUCACGCCUGUACAGUAGAGAGGGCAGCUCAGACAAGACAGUUCAGCACACUUCAGCAAUUAAAACAAAAAAAGUAAAUCUAAAGUAAUUUUUGUGUAUAUUAGUAUGGUUGAAUUGGAUCAUUGAAAGUCAGCAGCAAAGACAUUUGUUAAUAAAGUGAGAUUAAAUAAAGUAUAUUUGUGUUAUUUAACAUAUUUAAUUAGUGCAGGUUUGCAUAAUAUUCUGAGUUUGCAUUUCAUUGUUUUUAUUCAUUUUGAGGAACACUGAAUCUGUUUUCGUGCAAGUGAGAUGAGUAACUGCCUGCUCACAUUUAGUCUAGAAAUACAAUAACCGUCAUGUUUACACAGCGCACACAAAUCCUCUGCACUUACUCAUGAUUUCUCUUGACAUGCAUGGGAACAGGAGAGCUGUCAGUCAAUAAAUGGGAAAACAAGUAACUUGCAUUACUUAUUUGAAAAAGUAACUCAGAUAUUUUCUUGUAAAUUUAAAAGUAAUGCAUUACUUUAGUUACUUGGAAAAAGUCUUCUGA